AAUUUAAGCGGGCUGACAUCGAGUAACUGGUUUUGACCUCUCUUAUUCUUAUUCACACCAUGGUUUUAGUUUUCCCUCGUCUUCUUCGUCAUCAUCUUCUUCCCCGUUUCUGUGUUUGCCAUCGGGCCCUUUCGCCGCAGGAAGCGGCCGACGAAGAAGCCCGUGAGGAGGCGGCAGGCGGACGUGCACGUUCUGAAUUGUCUUUGAGAACGCGAAACGACCUCGGCAAGCGCGGGUAGUCGUCGUCCUUAGCAGAUCAUUCCCUCCUCGCCGGACGCAUUUCAGUCCGGCGCCGGGGGGCCGGCUUGUGUCUAUUCGCCAUCCUCGGGCGAGGCCUCGGCAGAACCACCACCGUCACCGGCAGCGCCGUCGGUAUCAGCCGAAGGGAAUGGCGCAAGAUGAGCACGAAGACAAGGGCAACGAUCACAGUCUUGGCCUCCGGGACGCGCUGUCGAAGAGCAUGACGAGCGUUCACGUGACGGCGCUGGACGGGCUGGUGAACGUGAACUCCCUCUUCACCAUAGCCGUGUUCGUGGGGCUGUCCCUGACGGCGCCGGGCCAGCACAGCCUGGAGAACAAGGACGAGUGCGACGCCGGCUUGGAUGUGGCGCGGAGGCUGCUGGUCUUCGAGGUGGUGUCCUUCAGUUCUUUCCUCUUCUCGAGCCUGGUGGCGCAGGGCCUGAAGCUCGCGAUCAACAUCCUCAACAGCAACGACAGGGAGGACGCCUUCAGGGCGCGGAUCAACAACAGGGUGCUCAGGCUGGGCAUGCUCUUUUCCGCCAUCGGCUCCAUCAUGGGCUGCAUCUUCCUGAUGCUGUCCAUGGUGUGCGUCAUUGAGAUCCGGCUGGGAUUGCUCUCCUGCGGCAGCCAUUCUGCCGAGAGGGCCGUCGCGGCGCUUGUUACCCUCGUGACUACUGCCCUCCUUGUUUACAUCUCUACCGUCUUGUACGCUUUUACACAUUAGGGUCCGCUUCUCUCCCUCUCUCCUCUCUCUCUCUCACUCUCUGUGAAAGUCAAGAUGGGGAAUUCUCCUCUGCUAGGUUUACUCAAUCUCCGUUUUAGAAUGCGAAGGUAAGGAGUUCCACUUCAGUUCAUUCGUUGAUGCGCCUCUCUCCCCCUUUCUCUGAAUGGCAAGGGGAAGUUCUUCUUUACUGGAUUUACUUAUAUUCGGGUGCUUUGGGGAUGUCUUCUAGAUCUCCCCUGUUAAGAUGCCAAGGUGGGGAUUUCCUCUUCAGUUCGUCGUUUGAUGCGCCUCUCUCUCCUCUCUCUGAAUGACAAGAUGAGGAAUUCUUCUUUACUGGGUUUUGCUUAGUUGGGGGUUCUGAGGAUGUCCUCUAAAUCUCCCUGUUAAAAUGCCAAGACAGGGAUUUCCUCUCUUCUUCAUCCUUUGAUGUGCCUCUCUCUCUCUCUCUGUCUCUGUGACAAGAUGGGGGUUGGGGUACUCUCAGUUCCUUGAACGCAUACUUGGGGGAUGCUGGUUAGAUCCAUGUAUUCUACUUCAGGUAGCAAGAAGCUAGGGAUCUCUCUCUCUCUCUCUUUCUGGCCUCUUCCAUCAUUUGGUUGCCAAUUUAGACGCUGUUAUUGUAUGUUUAAGCAUUUGAUGUGCGAUGUAUUGUAUUACAGCAUGCGCAGAACCAGAAAUCUAUAUACAGUAGUUCUUUUGGUUUUUGGUGUA